AUGGACAAUCUGGCAACACUGAUCUUUACUCAACGCCAAUUCCCCAGUGCCACUCAGUGCCCUGUUUGCUCCUUGGCCAAUUUUCAAGUAUGGAAACAUUCAUGUUGUCCUACGACUCCGUGCAUUCAUUUUUUACUAUCAAUCGUUACAAUGAGGAUUGCUGUAGAAGGGUGUGCUCAUGGAGAAUUGGAAAUCAUAUAUGAUACAAUUCUACAGUUGGAAAAAAUUGAUGGUAAAAAGAUAGAUUUAUUGAUUUGUUGUGGAGAUUUUCAAUCAACGAGAAAUUUAAACGAUCUGCAUUGCAUGGCCGUGCCAGACAAGUACAAAGAUAUGUGUACGUUUUACAAAUAUUAUUCUGGGGAAAAAAUUGCUCCAAUACUAACGAUAUUUAUAGGUGGUAAUCACGAGGCUUCGAAUUACCUACAAGAAUUACCUUAUGGUGGUUGGGUCGCCACUAACAUUUAUUACCUGGGAUACGCAGGUGUAAUAAAUGUAGCAGGAAUAAGAAUAGCCGGAAUUUCAGGAAUCUACAAAAGCCACAAUUGGAUGCAGGGUCAUUAUGAAAAACCUCCGUACACAGACAAAACCUUAAGAAGUGUUUAUCAUACCCGGAACCUAGAAAUAUUUAGGAUUAAACAGAUUAGCAGCCACAUCGAUAUAUUUUUAUCCCAUGAUUGGCCUAGUGGAAUAACAAAAUAUGGCAAUGAAGCGGUAUUGCUAAGAAAUAAGCCAUAUUUUAGAGAAGACAUUGCAAACGAUGCACUAGGAAGUCAACCGUUCAUGGACUUGCUACAGCACCAUUAUCCGUCUUUUUGGUUUGCUGCUCAUCUACAUUGCAAAUUUGCUGCAAUCGUUCCCGAAGAAAAUGGCAAAAGAAUUACGAAAUUUCUGGCACUCGACAAGUGUUUGCCGAAACGAAAGUUCCUUCAGGUUUUAGAAAUUGAUCACAACGAUAGCUUACCGUUGAAAAUUUCAUAUGAUUUGGAAUGGCUGACAAUAUUAUUUCUUACCAAUCACUUAUUGAGUGUUAGACAUGGGCUACAUUACAUGCCAGGUCCUGCUGGAAAUGGUAGAUGGAUUUAUACACCAUCCAAUGAAGAAAAGGAAAAUAUUUUGAAGAAAUUUAAUCACGAUUUGGAAGUUCCCGAUAAUUUUAAAUGCAUGGUACCACCUUAUAGACCAGAAUCCCCUGAUACAUGGACUAAAAAGUCAGUUAAACUUCAAAUAAACCCCCAAACAACAGAGUUCUGUAACCUGUUGGGGAUAGAUGAUCCAGUAGUUUUAUUACAAAUGGUAGAUGCAGGCCGUACAGAAUCAAAAUCUGAUGAUGAGUCAAGUACUGAUAUAUCAAAUAUGAGACACGAAUCUAGAGAUAUGUCUUCUACAUCUGUAGAAGAAGACCCCGAAAAAUUUUCCCUCGGUGAAGACAAUGAUACGGAAAGAAUGAUUGAAUUUGAGGCCUCAUUUACAGUUCCAUCGCCAUCGAAAAAUUUGGACUUGCCUAGCGAACAAGACGAGAGUGCUGCAGUAAACAUCACCACAGAAAAUGAAUUACAAAUUUCCAAUACAGAUGGGGAUGACUCACCCGUGCAAAUGGAACCUAAUUGUAAAAAAUUUAAAAGACGAAAUUACUCUAUAUAUUCUUCAACUUUGUAAAUACUGCACACCUACAACUUAUAAUUUGAAUAUUUUUAUAAAUUCAAUUUGAUCUAUGUAAUGACUUAAGGGUUGUUUAUUCCCGAGCGGUAAGAAGUAGAGUGCGACUGGGUUCGACUUUGCUUUUGCGUUUAAGAGCAACCGGAAAGUCGAGCAGUAGGGUUGAAAAAAUGCGUAGUACUAUUAGAAUAUAAGUUUGAUAUUUAUUGAUUGGUUUGAAAGGUGAAGAUACAUAGUUUCGAAGGAAGAUGUGAAAUCGAGUGGUAAAGAUGAAGUGACUUGGGAUGUGGAGAAUGAAGAGUGAGACAGUACAGAUAGCAGAGUGCAUGAUCAGAGUUCUGGGAAUGAGAGGAGAUAGUCAGGUGUCUACAGGAUGUGCAAGAGAUUGUUGAGUCUAACGGAAUGAAGAGGAUUCUAGAUAAGAGUGAUGAAGAAUAAAUUAUAAGUGCGACGAGGGACUGAGCACGUAACACCUAUUCGUAUCUGAACGAGCAGCGAAGUAGAAGCGAGGGCCUCAAGAUCGAAAAACAAAAAACAAGUCGAUCAAGUUUGUUAUCACCAUUUAACUUUCCAACAAUCCGAUUUCAAUUAUGUCUACUCUAAUUGUAAGCCUGAGAAAGAACGUCUAUUAGGUAACACAUUGUGCGACACAUAUUUGAGGUGUGAAAGACAUUUGAAGUUAGCCAUCUCAAACCUAAAUUUUACGGAUUUAACCAGAAGCACCAUUUCAAUUCGAAUCGGACCUCCUUGUCACCAAUUUGUGAAAAUUUGUACUUUGCCACUGAAAAACCAAUUACUUCACGGCCAAAACUGAUAUACACCUAAUACAUUCACCCGGCACCCCGUUUGCUGGUUUUUUUUACUCUUCGUUUAGUGGGAAAAAAGUAUUGAAAUGGUGCGAAAAUCACUAUUUUCAACUCUUGCUUGGAAAAUUCAAUACCAGUUAACCGCUUAACUCUACAGUGUAUUCUUGCGAAACAUAAUACGUACAUUGAGUUUGCGAUGCAAGAAAAAAGUAUUUUGAAAAAUUAUAUGGAGCAAAUAAAAUUUGAUUUUCAAAAAAUUA